AGGCCGCUCUGGACGGUGAGAAGGGUCGCCUUUAUAAAGGGUAUAGAUUAGAUAUUAAUAAAGCAGCGGAAAGAAGAAAUAUGAAUAAGGCUUCAUCAAGGUCCAGUCCGGCACGAAGUCAAACGGAGAUACUCAAGUGAGACAAUCGGGAUGCAACUGCUCCACGUGUAAGAGCCCUUCUGGCGCUGACACCUCAGGAGGCACGAGGGAAGCCUCGUGCUUGCUGCUGUUACUACAACUAAGUGUUACGUUUUGUGGCGCAAGUUGUAAGAGGCCUGUGAGGAAGAAUCAGCUUGGUGUUUGUUCCCGACUCAAGUAUCAGAGAAGCCAAGGCGUGUAGAGAUAUUGCCAAGGGGCUGUAGUGUUCUCAGUGCAGACGACUUCACGAUCUUGCCUCUUCUGAUGUCAAAAACUUGCAGUCCUGAAAUGAAGCUGGAAAAGUGCACACUAGCAAAGCACAAGGCAGCGUGUAUCUGUAUUGCAUUGCCCCAUCUGCAUGUGUACGUGCAUUUUCAGUACGUGGAGCAAGUCUGCUCUGCAGUUACACACAGUGGUGUGUGUCUGCCUGCUUCUCCGGGCUCCCCACCCCUUGGUAAGUGCAGCGGGUGCAGCUCCUGCACGCCCUCUGCAUGUGAAGUCGCAAGUGAGUGGAGAAGACACGAGUUGUCCUGCCACAAGAAGACGACUGCCAUUUCCUUUCAGUGGUAUCGCUGGGGAGCGCACCAAGACGUGCUGUGGUUACCAUGUGCUGUAAGGCCUGCGUUUUCUGCACUUACACUGUAAAGCUCUGCACACAAAGCAGUGUGACGUGUUGGACUUGAAAGUAAUCAAGCUCUCACGUGACUGGUGUGCUCUAUUAAUUUGACCUGUUAAAUUAUCAAAAAAUGGGAAAAAAGUGCAACUUGCAAGACAUCUACUGCCAAAAUACAGAGAAUGAGUAUCUGCAAUCCUUGGUACUCUGUAUAUACUGCAUUUAUCCUGCACAAGGCCAAAUGCAUUUGCAGAGAGCAGUGCAUAGGCAGCAGGCCCAGGAAAUGCUUCAGGCACAUGUCUGGGGGUUCAUGUCACGGAUGCAGCAAGGCUUGGGCCUGGGCAGUGCCAGGCGUGCUUGGUGCUGGCAUGGGGACCCCAAGAGUGCUGCGCACACGUGAGCAGCAGGCACUGAUGCCACGCCUUUGGCCUCGGUGGCGCUGCAGGUGUACGAUGCUGAAGGCGCUGGGUAGCGCUGCAGGUACGAGAAGCAGACACCGGUGCCACGAACCUUGGGCCUCAGACCGCAUUGCAAGGGACGUGUGGCAGGCACCAAUGCCGUGGGCAUUGGGAUCUGUGAUCCUGCAUGCUCACAAGAGCCUGUGCCCCUAAGGAGCACUGGAGGCACGCGAGCCCUGGGACCGGACCACCACCACAGCUGCUGAAGGCGUAGGUGCACUGCCACAGGCACAGGACUCAGCUGGCACUGUGGACACCGUGGCCAUCCCAUGUGGCUGGCACCAGGUCCCAAGCAGCAGCACAGGCAGCAAUGAGGCUGUGGGUGCCGAGUGGUGGGCAAGGCAGCGGAUGCUGGGCUCCGGACCGUGCUGGAGGUGCGUGAACAGCAGCUGCCGAUGCCAGGGUGUGGAGUCCUAAGCCCUGCUGCGGGCCCAGGAAGCAGCGCUGAGUCCCAAGCAGAUGCAGGCAGCGGUGCUGGCACUGCAGGAGUCGGACCACAGACCACAGAGGUGGAGGGACAGAGGCAGGAGGCUGCUGUGCCCUCAUGCUGCUGCCUGGGCGGGCAGUCACGCAGGUGCGAGAGCAGAGGAGGCCUGGUGCCACGUCUGUAGUUGUGUUGCACUUGUGCGUUGUUCUUUCUGGAUCAAUUUGUCUCUACAGAUAAUGUGGCCUGUUCUGGUCACCCCCACCCCAGCUGGAAUAAAUGUCAUAUUGCAAAACAAUUACUCUGCAUCUGGCUGUUUUGCUGUAUAGUCUCACAGCUACAGAAAGGUCAGGUACUCAAUAUUCAUCAUAGCAAACGAGGAGUUUCCCCUGAGCUUCUGCUAUCAUUCACUGCAGGCUGGGGGGAGGAAGGGGUAGGGGAAGACAAUGUGCAUCUCUCCUGGGCUGUGGUUCUGUACAGGUCACAAACAUCAAGCUGAUCUGUGUGCCCAAGAGACUGAGGGAGUAUACAGUUGUGUGUGAGCACAGUGCUUCUGUAACAAGAGAAGGCUAUAUAUAAUCUUGGUGGCACCACUGUAGGUUGUCCCAAGAUCUGUUUUCUGUCUGGAAUAGAGAAUGCCAGCGAUCCUGUUUCCCCCAGAACAGCUGGGUGUCCAAGGCACCAAAGUCCAUGCAUGGGCUCUGCUUCUCAGUGCUGUCUGUUCUACCUCUUAGUGAAACUUGGGUGCAUCUGGCUUGUUGCUCCUGCUGUUCUCUCCAAGUGACUACAAAGUGAACGCACUGUAGUGGAAACGGAAUUAAAUUGUGCUUAUCUUUCAUAAGCUAGAUUAGUCUGAUAGAAAACUUUUUAUUUACAAAACUUGACAGAGGUGAAAAGAUACAAAGAAAUAUUUUCUUAUAGUUGCCAGUAUCAUGGGGAAAGAACAUUCCAAGCAUAUGAAGCUCAGUAGUUUCCUUGCAAGAUUUUUCUGGUUUGGCUUAGACUACAGUGAAAGUUAUGUUUUCUUUGGAAAACAAAAUAUGACCUGGAAAAAGCUACUGUUUUGGAAAAGAUGAAGACUGGAACGUUGCUCUCUUGACUCUGAAGACAGCGUGGUACAAAGUCUGAAUGAGAUGGAUCAUUCAGAUGUGACAGAAUCCUGUUCCUGCUGAUGGUGCAGUGCUGGUUGGGUUUGGUACCCUUUUAAUGUGGGGCCUCAUAAACGUAAGACUGACUUUCUACAGGAGCUGUCCCUUCACUGUCAGGACACGACGGUAGCUUUCUGCUAACAGCACAAAACCAACCACAACAUGGAGCCUACUGUGUCUCUGGUCUCAACAAGCUCUUUUUUAAUCAUAUGCCAGUAGCAUCCUAUUUCAGGUAUUCUGUCAUCGACUUGUGAAUUUAAUAGAUCCCUUGAAUGCUCCUAGCUAUCCCAUAUUUGUGGGUAUUAGGCUACAGCACCUUGAAUUCUCUCGAGGAAUUUGCAAGUUAACGUUUGAUUGAUGAUCCGUGGCUGACAUCAGAGGUCAGAGGCCUUGAAAUGAUGGUUUCUGAGGUGCCUGUUCGCUCCUCCCACAGGUGCCCUACAGUUUUAGUGAUGCUCCAGUAAGGAGCUUUCUGUGACUCUUUUGGCUACAAUAAACAUUGUAACUAAGAAGAUUCUCCAAAUAUGUUUGUUUUGGCAAAUACAUUUUGGGGCAAUUCUUGUUAUGGGGUAGGAGGGAGGCUUCAGCUGCUGAGAGAAGGGUCGCUUUGGCACUUCAGGUAAGAGAUCUGGGGGUAACCACACUUGUGUUGUUAGCAGUCUAAUGGAAUUUCCCUCGUGUUUUCUUCAGAGAGCCAUAUGCCUACGGGGAUGGCCGAGAUACCAGACGCGAUCGCUCCCCUCUUCGGGGGAGCCCACGGAGAGAUCCCAGAGAUGGCAGGGAUGGUAGAAAUGGACGAGAUUCCAGAGAUGCUCGAGACAUUCGAGCUAGAGACAUGCGUGAUGCUAGAGACCACAGGGACCCACGGGACCUGCGAGACCUUCGAGACCCCCGGGAUAUCAGGGAUCCAAGAGACUUACGGGACCCUCGUGAUGUUAGAGACUUUCGUGACCCACGGGAGCCGCUGUAUGAUCGAUACAGGGACCCACGGGAUAUGAGGAAUCCACGAGACAUGAGAGACCCACGUGAUGCGAGGGAUCCGCGGGAUAUGAGAGACCCUCGGGACCCUCUGUACAGACGAGAUGAAACUUACGACCGUUAUCUUCGCCUUGAAGACUACUAUCGGCGGAAGGAUGACUCUUAUUAUGACCGUUACAAAGAGCAUUUUGAUAGAGCACCGGUGAAUUCAGAAGACCGUCUCAAGCGUGAAGAGCGACGACGAGAGGAGCUUUACCGUCAGUACUACGAGGAAAUCAAGAGACGUUUUGAUGCAGAGAGACCUGUGGAUUGUUCUGUGAUAGUGGUGAAUAAACAGACAAAGGAGUACGCGGAGUCAGUGGGGCGGAAGGUGCGGGAUCUGGGCAUGGUAGUGGACCUGAUCUUCCUCAACACAGAGAUGUCACUGACGCAAGCCCUGGACGAUGUGAGCAGAGGAGGGUCUCCUUUUGCCAUUGUCAUCACCCAGCAGCAUCAAGUUCACCGUUCUUGCACUGUUAACAUCAUGUUUGGCACCCCACAAGAACACCGCAACAUGCCACAAGCUGAUGCCAUGGUGCUGGUGGCAAGGAAUUACGAGCGCUACAAAACAGAGUCACGGGAGAAGGAGCGUGAAGAAAUUGCCCGGCAGGCUGCCAAGAUGGCAGAUGAGGCUGUUCUGCAAGAGCGAGAGCGCCCACCCCCUGUGGAGGAGGGGGCCAGAGGGGGUCACCCUCCAGGGAUUCAGACUCUCUUGAACCUUCUGGCAGACAAUCGCUAUCUGACUGCUGAGGAGACUGAUAAAGUAAUCAAUUACUUGAGAGACCGGAAAGAAAGGUUACUUAGGGGAAGCACUGAUUCUCUGCAGGCACCUAUGUCAAGACAGUCUCUGGGAGCACCUUCAGCAUCAUCUCUGGGCAGUCAGUCCAGCCUUCCAAGCGCUCAGGCUCAUCAGGGUUCACAGCCUCUGGUCUCUGCUCCUUCUGUUCCAGUGUCCUCUGCUAAUCCUCAGCAGGAGCUUCAGGCAAAAAUCCUCAGUCUCUUCAACAGUGGGGCAGCAGCAGCUGCUGUAGCAAACAGCAGUUCUGCAACCUCUGCGGGCACAUCGGGUGGCACGCCGAGUCAGAACUUCGCUAGCAUGGCCAGCGGUCAGGCCCGAUCAGCACAGAUGAGUGCUGGAAAUUUAAACCAGGCUCAGCAGAGAUUGCAGACUCCAAGCGCACAGCUUCCUGCUCUCCAAGGCCCUUCAAGAAAUGCAGGUCCAAGACCUGGAGCUCCUCCGCCAGCUCAGGCACUCUAUGGCCAGCACCAGAAUCGCCUCCCUGCCCCUGGCAGCGUACCUGCUCAAAGGCCAGUGUCAUCUGGUAUCAACUUUGACAACCCUAGUGUACAGAAAGCCUUGGACACCCUUAUCCAGAGUGGUCCUGCACUCUCCCACCUAGUGAGCCAAACAGUGGCUCAGGGGCGAGCAGGGUCCUCUGCCCAGCAACCCAUGGGUUCCUACCAGCGACACUAUUAAAGCUGAGCUGUCAAGCCCUUUCCCCUUCCCUUUGCCAUUCCAUACUUAUAGCUGUUUAAAAAGUCUCCUGUUCUUGACAUGGGACAAAUGCCCCUGGAUAUGCAUGUCCUCUCCGCUUUGGUGAGAGUGUACUCCCAGUGGCAUUGCUGCUGAGUAUUGCUAGUGCUGCCCUUCCUCACUUUGGUCUGGAUAGCAGUGUUCGGAGAAGUAUAUUUUAUUUUCUCAGUGGCAGAAUAUGCUGAGAGCCACUGUGGGUAAUUGAUUGUUCUGUCUAAGCACAGAAGCUGCUGCAAUGACGGUCCUUCUGCUUUUUUCUCACUCCCAUUAGCUGGCGCAUCUUCACCACGCAGUGCAGUCUGGUCUCACCAAAUGGUCUUAGCACAGUUUUGGGUCAGUGGUUUUGAGAAAAUGAGAUGGGACUGAACAGAGUGGUACCCUGACGGGGCCCUCUGGGGAUGCAUCUUUUUGGAAGGGGCACUAUUUUUCUUUGGAUUUCUUUUUUCAGUUUUUUUUUUUUUCAAUGCCAUAUAAACCAGUCUGAGAGAGAAAAUACAGUGGUAGCACUAGCAGCUGUAGCACGUGCCUGACCAUAACUCCAUAAGCCACGACAGUACCGUUCAGUGCUUCUGUAGCUGGGCUGUCCUGUCCUGGCGGAGUGAGGCUGACAAGUGCUCCUCACCUCACCCAGCAUAUGGAAAAUGGCAGUUUUGGUCCAAGCACAGUGGUGGAUCGGAAACACAAGAGCGUCUGGGUGAGGCAGAGAUUUCAAGUGGUCAGUUGAUUUUCCUACACCCAAGCCAAGUCGUCAAUUUUAAGUUCAAUAUAUUAAAUUUGGUAUAUAAAUUUCCUUUUCUUACAAUCUUGCUUCGGCACAGUUGGUUACUGUAGCCCAACAGCUCAGGCACACUGAUGUGCUGCCGGACCUGUCUUGCAAAUACCUGCAGCCAGUUAUCAGGUGGUGAAUGUGUGCUCUCAGAAACUUCAUCUGUUAGUUGGUGUUUUGUCCAUCUAAUGUGGAGAGGCAGUGCCAACAUGCAAUACUAUAAUUUUAUACAUUUUUCAACACUUUGGUAGCUGCAGUGGACAGUUGAGUGGAAAAUCGGGCAGUGAUAUUUCGCCGUGUUUUUAACCAGUAACAUAAUUUGAUACCAGAAUACAAAACUUCUCUAUUUUGUCCUCCCUUGCACAGUCUUUGUGGAGUCUGUAGGCUUCCUGCAGAACCGAAAGAUAAUAAGAAAGCAACGUUUUGGAGCAGAGGAUUUUUUUUUUUGUCCUAGGUGGUUUGUGUUGUAGCAUUUUUUUUUCUUUCUGUGCUGUUAACAAAAGGACAUUACUUUUUAAUAAAAAGACAGGAAAAACA